AUGAAUAAAAAGAGACAGAGAAAAGAAAGAUAUGCCUAUGGAGAUGGUUCAGGGGACAGUACAUUGAGAAUAAUGAAGAAGAAGAAGAAUCAGAGUGAGGAGAAGAAUCCACGUGGCAGGUUCGAGAAGGAGGAGGAGGGUGGCGGGGAAAAGAUAAAGUGUUCGACCAAGCAUUGUGGUUCAUGCUGCGGCGGCUACGUGGCUGAUUGUGUGGCAGUGUGUUGCUGCCCUUGCGCAGUGCUGCAUUGUUGUGCUAUGGCUAUUGUCAAGGGGCCUUCUCUUGUGGGGAGAAAGUGUUUAGGGUUGGGAAAGAAGAACAAGAACAAGAACACCAAGAAAAAGGGGUGUGAAGAUGAUGUUGUUGUUGUUGUUGUUGAGAGGAACAAGAACAACAACAUUGAAAGAGUUCAAAGGGCUGUGAGGGAAAUGGACAAUAUCACUGUCAAUGCUGGAUUUGAUGCAGAGAAGGUUUGGAAGGAGCUCUAUCAGAUCGGUCAUAUGGAUUUUGGGAGGGUUUCUAGUUCCUCACAUGAUGAUUAAUUAUUUUGGAGAGCCAAUACACAAUGAUGAAAGAUUGCUCUUGCUCAACUGGUAAAUUUUAAUCUUAGGAUUUUUAGGAUUUAAAAUUUAGGGUUUUUUUUUUUGGAUUAAACAUAAUUUUUAGUCUCUAUAAAUAUUAAAUAUUCAAUUUUAGUCUCUUCAAAAUAAUAUUGUCUCUUUCUUAAUUUUUUAUUUGAGGAUGAGUCCUGAGGCAAAAAAAAUGUUUUGCCUUGGUGACCGGUGCGGUUUAGGUUGAAUAUGAAAAUAGUCUUUUUAUGUAUGUAAGAAGACUUCAUACAAUUAUUCUUUCCCUACCUUUGUGAAACGAGAAGCUUUAGAUGUGAAGGUAUGUUAGUUUUAGUUUUUUUUUUUUUUCUAAUCUUUUAUUUAUAAAAAUAUAUUAGGUGUACUCCUGUGUUUCACAAGAAUGUAUCUCCUUUUAAUUCAUCAUUUAUAAAAAUAAGGAUUAUACAAGUUAUAUUUCUGUAAUUAAGAAGUCAACGGAGAUAUUUCUGUAAUUAAGAAGUCAAGGG